UGUUUUUUGAAUUCUACAAACACCAUACAUUUCAUUUCCCAAUUUGCUAUAAUAAAUUUUAUAAAAAAAAUCUGAGUCGUGUAAAUGUUCUCUGGUGUGAACUUUAGGUGGUGAAGAGACCACUCUCAUCAACCAUGAACCAUACAUAAAAACUCCACCGCUCUUCUCUCCCCCAAUCAUUUUACACAUCUUCUUCCUUAUAUCUCUCUUCCCAUAUCAUUCCCCAUUCCUACCUGUGAUCUGAGUCAUUGAGAAGGAAGAUGGUGAGCUAUUGCGAGCUUUGUAAUGCCGAAGCUGAUCUCCACUGCGCAGCGGACUCUGCUUUCCUCUGCCGUUCUUGCGACGCCAAGUUCCACGCCUCAAAUUUCCUCUUCGCUCGCCAUUUCCGCCGCGUCAUCUGCCCAACUUGCAAAUCCCUUACUCGAGACUUCGUCUCUGGUCCUCUCCUCCCUUGGCCUCCACGAACAUCUUGCUGCUCUGAAACAUCCUCUUCGUCGUCUUGCUGCUCUUCUCUCGACCGUGUCUCAACCUCCGAGCUAUCUUCGACGACGGGUAGCGUAAACCGAGAAGCGCGUGGAAGGGAAGAAAGAGUGAAGAAGGCUAAGAAGGCCGGUGUUGCGGUUACGGUCGCGGAUGGUGUUUUUGUGAAGUGGUGCGAUAAGUUAGGACUAAACAGAGAUUUAACAAACGCCGUCGUUUCGUAUGCGUCGCUCGCUUUGGCUGUGGAGAAGAGGCCGAGGCCGAGGCCGAGAGCGAGAGCGACGAAUAGAUUGAUCUUAGCGGCGGCGUUUUGGUUCGGCGUCAAGAACACGAUGACGUGGACGAGUUUAAAGAAAGUGGAAGAUGUGACCGGAGUCGCAGCUGGGAUGAUACGAGCGGUUGAAAGCAAAAUGGCGCGUGCGAUGACGCUGCAGCUUAGACGGUGGCGCGUGGAUUCUGAGGAAGGAUGGGCUGAAAACGACAAUGUUUGAACAAAAAUAUUGACGUGGGUCCUCCCGCAUUAUAAAUUUUAGGACAUAGCGAUUAGUUUAAGUUUGUGUUGUUGUGUCAUUUGACUUGUUAUAAAUUCUUUUUCAACGUUUAAAAUGGUCUUUAAUGAGAUGAACCAAAGUGAAAUCAAGAUGAUAUAAAUUUCUUUAGAAGAGUUUAAACGUUUAAAAUCAA